AAAUAACGCGCACGUUUCAAAAGUGACUUCAACGCUCUCUUGACACCCAUCUUCCCCUGUGAGAUUCUGAAAGCUCUGUUUCUCAGAGAGCCAUCAAGAAAUUAUAAAUUAAAUACUCGUUGCUCGUUGUUGCAUGAGAAUUACGGUUGGGUUUCGAGCUCAUUCAACAAUGGCGAAGGGUAGGUAUGGUCGGUUGCAGAGCAAAAAAUGGUCGACGUUCACGCUCGUCUUGUCGAUGCUAUUCAUGCUAAUAGUGGUGCUGCUGAUGCUUCUGGCUUUUGGAAUCGUUUCCCUUCCGGUUAUCACCGACGAAUCUUCACCUAACGAUCUCAGUUCCUUUAGGCGCAGCACCGUUGAGAGAACCGAUGGAUUCGGGGAGAGAGAAGAUCAGUGGACAGAAGUGAUUUCUUGGGAGCCGAGAGCUUUCAUAUAUCACAAUUUCUUGUCCAAGGAAGAAUGUGACUACUUAAUAAAUCUUGCUAAACCUGAUAUGGUAAAGUCAACUGUUGUCGAUAGCAAGACUGGGAAGAGCAAAGAUAGUAGGGUGCGCACAAGCUCUGGAAUGUUUCUGAAGAGGGGACGUGAUAAAAUAGUUAGCGAUAUUGAGAAGAGAAUAGCAGACUUCACUUUCAUUCCUGUAGAGCAUGGAGAAGGACUUCAGAUUCUCCACUAUGAAGUUGGGCAGAAAUAUGAUGCACAUUUUGAUUACUUCCUUGAUGAGUUCAACACCAAGAAUGGGGGCCAACGGAUUGCCACUCUUCUGAUGUAUCUGUCAGAUGUUGAAGAAGGUGGUGAGACAGUGUUUCCUGCUGCAAAGGGGAGUUUCAAUUCUGUGCGAUGGUGGAAGGAAUUAUCUGAAUGUGGUAAACAGGGACUUUCGGUGAAACCUAAAAUGGGUGAUGCAUUACUUUUCUGGAGCAUGAGGCCUGAUGCUAGUCUAGACCCGUCAAGUUUGCACGGUGGAUGCCCUGUGAUAAGGGGCAACAAGUGGUCAUCUACAAAGUGGAUGCAUAUUGAAGAGUACAAAGUCUAAGGCAUUAUAUUUGGCAGGAUAUGAGGAGAGAGUUGUGUAGAUGCAGGCGGUUUCCCUUUCACUGACAAAUGAAAUGCAGCCAGACGCACUACAGUUAGAAUGGUCUAACCCCGCAUUCUCUUGAUUUGCGGGUCUAACCAGCACUCCGUUUAGGGGAUGUCCUUCCGCAACUGAUAUCAUUGAUAGGAUUUUAUACCUUUGAGAGAACACAGAAAGUUGCCCAAAUAACGAUUUUUUAUUGGGCGGAAAGAUAUAGUCACAAAUUUUUUUGAACCUUUACAAUGUUCUCAUUAUUU